AUGCCUCCUGAGAGCGAGCCGCCUACAGAGCAAUCGAAUGGAGCGGAGAUAGCCCGUGAUAAUGGCCUGGAGACCCAGAAGCUCGGUGGGAACCCAAGCCCGGACGUCUCGAAGGCCGACGCUUCUCGAGGGGAAGAGAUGCAGUCGUCCGAGGCUAUCAACGAGCAGAUAACAGGCAGCGGCCAAGAAGAAAGCGGAGGCGUCCAGAAAGAUGAAGACAAGGAAUCGUCCGGUGCAUCCAAGCAGCAGAGCGAAGGAGACAAGCCGGAGGGCAGCUCCGCUGGUGAUGAAACCCAGGAUACCAUCGAGAGACUCCAAGCUCUAGCAGUAGAACCCCCAAAGACGCCCACCACCCCUCUCGAAGAGAAAGAACUCCCUCCCAACCUCUCCCCCCCGCCUCCUCCCCCGAAGGACGAGAAGUACUCGCCGUCAUCGUAUCGCGAUCCGGAGAAAGCCGCAUUCGAAGCAGAGGCCGAGACGGCGGACGCGGAAGAAUAUAAUGAGAAGAGCACCGGAGGGAAGCCGUCGCGCGAGGGGGCCGACGAUGCGCGGUCGGAAGAGAUCCAGACGAUUAUGGAACAGUUUGACGAGGGUCAUGAGGGUCCCGGAGCGGACGAGAUCUUGUCCCCGCGAAUGGAGCUCGCGAACCCGCUGCUGGACUCGCCGAUAUUGCAUCCACCGCGAAGGUCAAGCUUGGAGCCGCUUAGUACUGCCGCUUCUGGUAUAUCAUCUCCACCAUCGCAGACGUCGUCACAGAGUCCGGCAUUGAAGUCCCCACCGCCCAGGUCUUCAUCGCUGCAACAUCUUGAGACGGCAUCGGAGAAGACGAGCUCUCCCAAACCGCCCUCAUCAAUAUUCAAGCCGCCUCCCCCCGAGCCGGAUCCGGAGCCGGACCUGCCGUUCGACUUCCAUCGAUUCCUCGAACAGCUACGGCAUCGCACAGCGGAUCCGGUAGCGAAAUUCCUCCGCUCGUUCCUCUUGGAGUUCGGCAAGAAGCAAUGGAUGGUCCAUGAGCAAGUCAAAAUCAUUAGCGACUUUCUGGAGUUCAUCAGCAAGAAGAUGGCGCAAUGCGAGGUCUGGCGGACGGUUUCGGAUGCGGAGUUUGAUAAUGCGAAAGAGGGCAUGGAAAAGCUAGUGAUGAAUCGCUUGUACAAUCAGACAUUUUCGCCGGCCAUCCCAUCUCCGGAACCGAUCGCUGAGUCUAGAGGGAAGAGGAGAGCAGCGCAGUCUCCAAUACGAUAUGGUAGAAGGGGGCAACAUCAGGAAGAUGUGGAGCGAGACGAGGUCCUGGGCCAGAAGGUUCGAAUAUAUGGCUGGGUGAGAGAAGCGCAUUUAGAUAUCAAACCUGUUGGAGAAAAGGGCAUGAAAUUUCUGAAACUUGCGCAACAAGAACUCCUUAAAAUCAACACCUAUCGCGCCCCACGCGAUAAAGUCAUCUGCAUCCUCAAUUGCUGCAAAGUCAUCUUCGGCUUCCUUCGCAACACCCCCUCCGCCGACCAGUCCGCCGACUCCUUCGUUCCACUCCUCAUCUACGUGGUCCUACACGCCCGACCCGACCACCUAGUCAGUAACGUGCAAUACAUCCUCCGCUUCCGCGACCAAGACAAGCUUGGCGGUGAGGCCGGCUACUACAUCUCCAGCCUCAUGGGCACCAUCCAGUUCAUCGAGAACCUCGACCGCACCAGCAUCACCAUCUCGGACGAGGAGUUCGAGAAGCACGUCGAAGCCGCCGUCAGUGUCAUCGCCGAACGACACGCCGAAGAUUUCAACAACGCGAACCCCCCCCCAUCGAGCCCCCGCAAACACCAUGCCUCCCCCCACCCCACCUCUACCUCCACCAAAUCCACCCCCUCCCGCCCUAAAGUUAGCCCCCGCCCCUCCCUCGACGAGGUCGUCCACCCCUCCCCCCGCCGGCCGCAACCCCUCCGUCCCCUUACUCCCGAUGACCCCGCCACCACCACCGUCCCCGCCCUCCUCCGCACCAUCCAAAAACCCCUUUCCUCCAUCGGCCGCAUCUUCUCCGACGACGCCGGCGCCAGCAGCGACCCCGCGCCCCGACUCGCCCCCGCGCCGCCGACGACGCCUGGUCGGCGCAGCUCGGACGGCGGCCCGCGGCGGUCGGCGGAGCGGCCGCGAGAUGCAUCGAGGGAUGACGGGGCGAGCGGACUGCGGGCGGAUCAGGAUCCGGGGGCGGUGGCGACAAAGCUGAGCGCGGAGGACGCGGCGGCGAGGCAGGCGAGUGUGGAGAUGGAGCAUGCGCGGCGGAUUCAGUUGCAGGAGCAUGCGGUGGUGGUAGAGACGUUGGCGGGGAUGUUUCCAGGGUUGGAUCGGGAGGUGAUUGAUGAUGUGGUGAGGAUGAAGGAGGGAAGGGUUGGACAAGCGGUGGAUGCCUGUCUGGCAUUGAGCAACUAA